AGUAGGUUCGCUUUGGAUCGCUCGGCCAGUCCGGCCAACCCUUUCCGCGGAAAGAAACUGGCAGCUAACGUGGUGAAGAUCUUGUGGUGCACGGGUUGUGGUGUAAGGUGGUGAAUACAACACAAGAGUACAACUUCCUAAGCAGGAAAAGGUACCACAUAUAAAGUGGCUCUGCGCGGAAUGCUGACAGUGGUGUUUAAUUAGGUUCGACGUCAAAUAUCGUUAAAAUUCGUCGCAACAGCCCUGGGAUCGCUAAUCAUCGCAGAAAAAGUCACCAAAGUCGGAGAAUAAACCAGCCAGCUUUUGAAUAGAUUUGAUCGUGAGCAUCUCCAGCGAUAAAACGGAAGAAACUCGCACGGAGUCGUACGUUGGAAGCUCAAGAUGGAAGUCCAAACGGCUCUGGUACUGACGAUCCAGCUGAUAGCGUUGUUUUCGAUAGCAGGCGCAUUGCUACUGUAUCUGCUAUGCAAGGUGCGCGGAACAAGAGAUGAUGCGACCGGAACGCAGAAAGGCUCGAUACUGAUCACCUGUGCGGACACCGCCCUAGGACUGCAGAUCUGCACAUUCUUCGCCAGCAAAGGACAUCGCGUGUUCGCCGGUAUGAAGGACCCGGUAGAGUCCCUGCCAGCAAAACUGCUGCGCGGUUGGAUGAAGAUGCGCGAAAACUCGGACACGCCGGUCAGUGGUUCGGUCGUGCCGAUGAAGAUUGAUGUCACGCGCGAAGACGUGUUGCGCGAGGCGGCUGAAUCGAUGGGUGCCCAUCUGAAUGCGGGCGAACGUGGAAUACUGGCCGUCAUCAAUACGGCUGGUUCGGUGUACCGUGGCCGUAUCGAUUCGCAGGACUCGCUGCAGUGGGAAAACAUGUUUAAGAACAACGUCAUGGGAUGUCUGCGGACGGCACGUGCUUUUAUCGGUUUGCUGCGACCCACACGUGGUCGGUUGAUUCUACUUGGUUCCGGGAACGAUGACGAUGGGUUGACCGUGUUUAUGGCCACACGUAAUGCGGUCCAGGGAUGUGCUGACGCGCUACGCAAAGAGCUUAAGCCGUAUGGAGUCAACGUGGUGACGCUGGACUCGCGGGGUGUUCCGGCGGAGUCGUUGUUUAAGGCUCCGGUUCCGUACACCAUCUCGGACGAGGAAGGUGUACCGACGCAGUACAGUGCGGACGUGCUCACGAGCUCGGCGCUGGGUGUAAUCGAGCGGGCCCUGUACGACACCCGCCCCAGUGAGACCUAUUGCCUUUCGGUGCCAAAUAGCAAGUUCCAGAUGAGGUUGCCCUGCCGGUCAUCGUUGAAGAUUUCCGCCAGCCGUGCGGACUCGAAACCCAUACAGAGUGUCUGAAAGCCCAGCGCACCGGUAGCGCUACGGUUGUUAGACAGCUUCCGGCAACAGUGGACGACAGAUUUCAGAACUUCUUUGUGCCUAUUCGUUUGUCUAAUUUUUGUUUUGCUAAGUGUUGCAGUAGGAGCGGGUCAUUGUUCGCACCGACCAGUUGCUAUGGUCGUUCCCACACAACUUCAACAUAUCGUUGGAUUACAGUGCUACGGAGACGGCGAAAUAAUGUUGGGACGGUUUGCUUCCUCCGCGAACCGUGGACAAAUGCGAUAUUUUUUUCCAUUCCCUGUGUAAAGUUUGUUUAUUUUAAGCAAAUGAUAUGAUUGUUUUAGUGUAAAGUACAGAAAUAAAUAACAUAUCUUAUUUCGUUCAUUGGUAAU